GAUUUAUUAUUUUAUUUACAAAAAAAAUAUUAUUGAAUUUAUUAGUGACAAUUUACAACAAAAGUUAAAUUGCUCCRAGUCAAAUAAUUUCAUUACUAUAACUAUAAGCAGCUUUUUAUUUCACAUGGACAGUUUUAGGCCUUUUGUUUUGGGUCAGACUUGUUGAAUGUGCAGUGUUCUMCCCCCACCCCUCCAGCUCACCACCUGGGUCUUUAAACAACCUGUUGACAGUCAGACGGCGGAUUAAACCCCCCUUCCCGUGAACGCACCACUCGGCACUUCGUCUUGUCUCGUUCAGACGCGCGCGCCACUUCACUGAUCAUCCACAGAGGAAACAUCUGGCUCCAGCUGCUUGCCGCACACUGCGUCUUUAAAAGCUCUUCCUGCGCGCGCGCCGGUAAACUGGCACGCGGAUCGUCUCGCUCGCUGUCCGCCCGACGGAGGUGCUGAAAAAAGAAGACGAAAAGAAAAAUCACAGCGCCGUUUCUUCAUCCUCCUCCUCCUCCUCCUCUUUCUCCUCCUCCUCCUCCCCUCUCCUAACCGACACUUGCAGCCAUUUUACGAAGCCAAUCAUGUCGUGAGGCAGAGGCUCGCUGCUCCACCUGGGCAGAGGCAGCAGCUCAACCAGGGGGACAGGAGGAAGAGGAGGAGGAGGAGGAGGAGGAGGGGGCUCGACCAAAAUGGUGAAGCGGAAAAGCCUGGACGAGAACGAGCCGGAGUGCGGGAAGGGAGUACCGUUUCCCAUCCAGACCUUCCUGUGGAGGCAGACCAGUGCUUUCCUGCGUCCAAAGUUGGGAAAGCAGUAUGAAGCAUCCUGUGUGUCCUUUGAGCGGGUGCUGGUGGAAAACAAGCUGCACGGUCUGUCACCGGCUCUGUCGGAGGCCAUCCAGAGUAUCUCCCGCUGGGAGCUGGUCCAGGCCGCUCUGCCACAUGUCCUCCACUGCACCUCCAUCCUGCUGUCCAACAGGAACAAGCUAGGCCACCAGGAUAAACUGGGCGUGGCUGAGACCAAGCUGCUCCACACCCUCCACUGGAUGCUCCUGGAUGCAGCCCAGGAGUGCAACCAUGAGCCCAUCACGGGCCAAGGGUGGUCUCGGGGCGGCAGCGGCAGCAGCUCCUUCCUGCAGCCCGUGGGGAACCAGGGCUCUUCCCCUGGAGCUCCAGGCCUGGGCUCGGGCUCGGGCCAGGUGGGAUCGGGGCCCCGGCACAGCAGCUCCCUGCUGGAGGACGAGGAGCACGCCCGGACCAAGCUGUUCCAGAAGAGCAUGGCCACGGUGGAGCUGUUCGUGUUCCUGUUCGCUCCGCUCAUUCAUCGCAUUAAGGAGUCGGACCUGACCUUCAGAUUGGCCAGCGGUUUGGUGAUUUGGCAGCCAAUGUGGGAGCACCGGCAGCCCGACAUCUCGGCCUUCACCGCCCUCAUCAAACCAGUCAGAAACAUUGUGACAGCAAAGAGGAACUCCCCAGUCAACAAUCAGUGCAGUCCCUGUGGAUCUGGCAACCCAAGUCCCAUGGGCUUCCAGGUGGUUUGCGAAGCCGCCCAAUCAGAUUCCUCCUCUCCUGCGGCUGGCGAGCAGAGCUGUCGUCGUGGCAACUCCAUUGAUAAAGGCGGCACGUCCCAACAACCCCCACCAGCCAAAAGUCCUUCUAAGAAAAAGAUAUCAGCCCCCGCCGGCCUGCCCGUGUCUCUGGCCCAGCGAGCGCGCUAUGCCACUUACUUUGACGUGGCGGUGCUGCGCUGCCUUCUGCAGCCUCACUGGACGGAGGAGGGUGUGCACUGGGCCCUGAUGUACUACCUUCAGCGCCUCAGGCAGAUCCUGGAGGAGAGGCCUGAACGCAACCCAGAGCCCCUGGUCCCACCUCUGCCACGUCCACGCAGCAGCUCCAUGGUGGCUGCAACCCCAUCGCUGGUCAACACGCACAAGACCCAGGACAUGAGCCUGAAGUGUAAYGAAGAGGGGAAGUCUCUGAGCACAGAAACCUUCGCCAAGGUUUCUCUAACUAACUUGCGUCGCCAGGCGGUCCCUGACCUCUCCUCUGACCUGGGCAUGAACAUCUUUAAAAAGUUUAAGAACAGGCGUGAGGACCGGGAGAGAAAAGGCUCCAUCCCCUUUCAUCACACGGGAAAGAAACGCCAGCGUCGCAUGGGGGUGCCUUUCCUGCUGCACGAGGACCACCUAGACGUCUCGCCCACCCGCAGCACCUUCUCUUUCGGGAGCUUUUCGGGCCUCGGGGACGAGCGGCGGGCUUUGGAUCGCGGCGGCUGGCAGGCCACCAUCAUGGGUAAAUUUACACGCAGAGGUAGCACAGACACGGCUGCAGACGCAGACAGCUUGAGUGCCAAACACUCCCAUUCCCACCAUUCCCUGCUCCGAGACAUGCCCGACCAUUCCAACAGCCACAGCGACAACACCGUGAAAGAAGUUCGAUCUCAGAUCUCCACCAUCACCAUGGCGGCAUUCAACACAACUGUGGCGUCCUUUAACGUGGGCUACGCUGACUUCUUCACGGAGCACAUGAAGAAGCUCUGCAGCCCGGUCGCUGUGCCCGAGAUCCCGGUGGAGCCGCUGGCCUGCGCCAACCUGCCGCGCAGCCUCACCGACUCCUGCAUCAACUACUCGUGUCUGGAGGAGGGCGAGAACAUUGAGGGGACCAAUAACUUUGUGCUGAAAAAUGGCAUGUUGGAUCUCACAGCCGUCCUGCGGGCCCUUUACGCCGUCUUCAGUCACGACAUCAGCUCCAGGAUCUGCGACGUGGCACUCAACAUCAUCGACUGCCUGCUGCAGCUGGGCGUGGUGCCCGGCAUGGGCAAGAAGCUGUCCAAAACCGACAACAAGGAGAACCAGGAGGCGCGGGCCAAAGACCCUGCUGGCCAGGGCCUUGGAGGAGGYGCUCAUGGAGGCGGACCCAUUUCGGGAGCCGGCGGAGGCGGGGAUGGAGGUGGUGGAGGAGGGGGAAGCGGUGGAGGAAGUGGGCAGGGGAGCAAGGAUGACGUGAAGAAUAACAAGGAUGGUGACAAAACGGAUGACGGUUCUGGCUUUAACACCCACCGCCUGGCUCUAACCAUGCUGAUAAAGAUAGUCAAGUCCCUGGGGUGUGCAUAUGGUUGUGGCGAGGGCCACCGGGGACUAUCAGGAGAUCGCCUCAGGAUGCAGGCUCAGAACUGCCUGACCAACCUGUAUAAACUGGACAAGGUGCAGUUUCGACAAACAAUGCGCGAGUAUGUCAACAAAGACUCCCUCAAUAACAUUGUGGACUUCCUGCAUGCACUGCUGGGCUUCUGCAUGGAGCCCAUCAUCGACAAGUACGGCAGUGCAGGUGAGAGGUCCAGGAGGGCGAAAAAAAGAAACAUCGACAAGGCGGGCUUUGGCAACAACUUCGCCACGGGGGACAACAAGUCUCUGGCUCAGAACAUGGAGGCGGUGGUGGUGGGCUGCAUGUUCAAGUCUCUCAUCACUCGCUGCGCCUCGACCACGCACGAGCUGCACAGCCCCGAAAACCUGGGUCUGUACUGCGACAUCCGCCAGCUGGUGCAGUUUAUCAAAGAGGCCCACGGGAACGUGUUCCGCAGGGUGGCGCUGAGUGCGCUCCUGGACAGCGCUGAGAAGGUCGCCACCACCAAGAAACCUGACGAGAGGGACGAAAACAAACAGCUCGGUCCUCGGAGGUCUGAGGCAGGUGUGUCCGGGGAGAAGGGUCAGGUGUCCAGUGCUGCAGAUGAGUGUCGCAGCUACAUCUCCAGUAGACCCCCCCAGACCCCCGAACAUGACGAACAGAUCCCGGGUGCUCUUCUUGGCAGGAAAGACUUCUGGAGGAAGAUGUUCAAGUCUCAGAGUGCCGCCAGCGACACCAGCAGCCAGUCAGAGCAGGACACCUCAGAAUGCACCACAGCGCACUCCGGCACUACCACGGACCGGCGCUCCCGAUCCAGAUCCCGCCGCAUCUCACUGCGCAAGAAACUCAAACUCCCAAUAGCGUGCCGUGGGACCACCCGCCUUCCUCUCACUCGCUCUGUCCUGCGAAACUGGCUGAAGCGCUCCUCUCUGUCUGGACUGACGGAUGGCGUCGAGGACCUGCUGGAUAUCAGCUCGGUGGAUCGACUCUCCUUCAUCCGUCAGAGCUCAAAAGUGAAGUUCACGAGUGCAGUGAAGCUGUCCGAAGGGGUCGCUGCGGGGCCGGAGUACGGCCGGGACGAGGAGGAGAAUUUCUUCAAGCGGCUCGGUAAAUGGAGGUCUGGCAGGAGGAAUCCAUCCAAGCUUCACCACACAGAAGAGAAAGAUGGUCCUCAUGGUUUUCAGGAGCGACUGGCAGCCAGUCAGGAGGCCAUGAAAAACAAAAAUGUGGUGAAUCUAGGUGCGAUCCGACAAGGAAUGAAGCGCUUUCAGUUCCUCCUGAACUGCUGCGAGCCGGGAACCAUCCCUGACGCCUCCAUCCUUGCUGCCGCUCUCGACUUGGAGGCUCCUGUUGUGGCGCGGGCUUCCCUUUUCCUUGAAUGCGCCCGAUUUGUCCACCGCUGUAACCGCGGCAAUUGGCCAGAGUGGAUGAAGGGCCACCAUGUAAACAUCACUAAGAAAGGCUUAUCCAGGGGCCGAUCCCCGAUAGUUGGCAACAAAAGAAACCAGAAGCUCCAGUGGAACGCUGCCAAACAUUUCUGCCAGUGGGGAGAUGCAAUCGGCACAAGACUCAGUGAACUGUGUCACUCAGAUAGUGAGAGCCCCGCCAACAUCCUGGGUUACAUUUAUGAUGAAGAAACCAAACGAAGAAUGAGGAAAGAAGAUGAGGAGGAGGACUAUUUAGAUGACAAUACAGUGAAUCCUACAAAAUGUGGUUGCCCUUUUGCACUUAAGAUGGCUGCCUGCCAGCUGUUGUUGGAAAUCACCACCUUCCUGCGAGAGACUUUCCCUUGCUUGCCACGCCCUCGCACUGAACCGCUCGUGGACCUGGACAGCUGCCGCCUGCGCCUGGACCCAGAGCUCGGCCGACACCGCUACGAGCGGAAGAUCAGCUUUGCGGGCAUCCUYGACGACGAAGACGGGCACGACUCGCUCAACAGCAGCAGCCACACUCUGAAGUCCGACACCACCUGCGACGACAAGAAGACCCAGGAGGCUCAGGAUAAUCUCUCCCCACUCCCCUGCUCCCCAGCACCUGUCAGGAAGAUCCGCAUCGGAGGCUCCCGGCUGCUUCAGAUCAAAGGGGCCCGCAGUUUCCGCGUGAAGAAAGGCGGCUCCCUGUCCUCUAUCCGCCGGGCGGGGAGCCUGAAGAGCACCAAGUUGUCCCGGCAGGACUCGGARUCUGAGAACGAAGAAGGGCUGCUGUCGCAAACGCAAAGCCGGGACACUGUGACUGACAUCGGAAGUCCGUUCAGCACCAGUGAACCCAGUAUUGAGCCCGAGGGUCAAGGUUCAGGAGGAACUGAAGACAAUUAUCAUCGCAACAUGUCCUGGCUCCACAUUAUGAUCCUGCUGUGCAACCAGCAGAGUUUCAUCUGCACACACAUAGACUUCUGCCACCCGCGCUGCUAUCAGCACCACGGCCGCUCCUGYGCCCGCCUGGUCCGCGCCAUCAAGCUCGUGUACGGCGAGUCGGUGGACAGCCUGAGGGAGGACGGCGCCUCCGGAAACAUCGGGGGACGGGCAAAGAAAAGCAAAGAGUGUUCAGACAARUCUUGCCUGCGAACUCCAUCCAUGAAAAGAAAACCUACCGACUCAAACACAGAAGGGAAGAAGGAUACAGGCAUGCUGAAGUACAUUCGCAACCAGGUGAUGAGCUUGUCCCCAGCUCCUCUGUCGCUGCUGAUCAAAGCUGCUCCCAUCCUCACAGACGACAUGUAUGGUGACAUCCAGCCGGCGGCCUGGGAGCUCCUGCUUAGCGUGGAUGAACACAUGGCUGCUGCGGCAGCUGCCAUGUUCCUCCUGUGCGCCGUAAAGGUUCCCGACGCUGUGUCGGAAAUGAUGAUGGCGGAGUUCCAGCAUCAGGAGGCCUGCCAGCGCAUCAAUUCCAUMCUAAAGUUCUACACGCUGUGGCGUUUCCGCUACCAGGUGUGGCCUCGCAUGGAGGAGGGAGCCCAACAGAUCUUUAAAAUCCCUCCACCCAGCAUCAACUUCACUCUGCCGUCUCCGAUACUGGGCAUGCCCUGYGUCCCCAUAUUCGACCCCCCAUGGGUGCCGCAGACCACCGGCAGCGUCCAGGACCCCAUCAACGAAGACCAGUCCAAAUCCUUUUCUGCGCGGGCGGUGUCGCGCUCCCACCAGCGAGCCGAGCACAUCCUCAAGAACCUGCAGCAGGAGGAGGAGAAGCGCCGCCUGGGCCGCGAGGCGAGCAUCAUCACGGCCAUCCCCGUGGCUCAGGAGGCCUGCUAUGAGCCCACGUGCAGCCCUCCGCCUGAGCAGGAGGAGGAAGCAGACGAAGUGUUGAACCUGGCAACUCGCCGUCUGUCYGUCAGCCCUUCCUGCGCCUCCAGUAACUCCCACAGGAACUACUCUUUCCGCCGUGGCUCGGUGUGGUCUGUCCGCUCAAUGGCCAGUGCAGAGGAUGAAGAAAACACAACAGAACACACUCCUACUCACCACCUGCUACAACCACCUCAAGCUGUCUUCCCAGCAUGCAUCUGUGCUGCAGUCCUGCCCAUAGUGCACCUCAUGGAAGAUGGAGAAGUCCGAGAAGACGGCGUAGCUGUGAGCGCCGUGGCUCAACAAAUCCUGUGGAACUGCCUGAUUGAAGAUCCAGCUCUGGUUCUCCGCCACUUCCUGGAAAAACUCACUGUCAGCAACAGACAGGAUGAACUGAUCUACAUGCUGAGGAAGCUGCUGCUCAACAUCGGAGAUCUGCCGGCUCAGACCUCUCACAUCCUCUUUAACUACCUGGUGGGGCUCAUCAUGUACUUCGUGCGCACUCCUUGCGAGUGGGGUAUGGAUGCUAUUUCGGCCACGUUAACCUUCCUGUGGGAGGUGGUCGGUUACGUGGAGGGGCUCUUUUUUAAAGACCUGAAGCAGACGAUGAAGAAAGAGCAGUGUGAGGUCAAACUGCUGGUGACUGCAUCCAUGCCAGGUACCAAAACACUGGUGGUGCAUGGUCAGAACGAAUGUGAUAUCCCAACACAGCUGCCAGUUCAUGAAGACACGCAGUUUGAUGCUCUGCUAAAGGAAUGUCUAGAAUUCUUCAACAUUCCCGAGGCUAGAUCAGCACAUUUCUUUCUUAUGGACAAAAGAUGGAACCUCAUCCAUUACAACAAGACUUAUGUAAGAGACAUCUACCCUUUCCGGAGGUCCGUUUCCCCACAGCUCAACCUCGUUCACAUGCUGCCUGAGAAAGGCCAAGAGCUCAUUCAAAAACAGGUGUUUUCUCGUAAAUUAGAGGAAGUUGGACGUGUCCUUUUUCUCAUCUCCCUCACUCAACACAUUCCAGCUGUGCACAAGCAGUCCCACGUCUCCCUGCUGCAGGAAGACCUCCUUCGUCUGCCCUCUUUCCCACGAACCGCCAUUGAUGCAGAAUUUUCCCUUUUCAAYGAGCCUCAAGGUAAGGAGCUGUUCGGUUUGGACACCCUCCACAAGGUGCUUUGGAUCAAGCUGCUGGARGAAAUGUUCCUGGGCAUGCCCAGUGAGUACCCGUGGGGCGACGAGAUGAUGCUGUUCCAGAACGUCUUCAACGGGGCGUUGCUGCUGCAUCCAGAGGACAGCGCCCUCCUCAGGCAGUACACCGCCACUGCCAUCAACACGGCCGUCCACUUCAACCACCUCUUCUCCCUGAGUGGAUACCARUGGAUCCUUCCCACCAUGCUCCAGGUCUAUGCUGACUAUGAGAGCAAUCCUUUGCUGCGACAGGGCAUCGAGUUUUGCUGCCGACAGUUUUACAUCCUCCACAGAAAGCCCUUCAUCCUCCAGCUGUUUGCCAGUGUGGCUCCACUGCUGGAAUUCACCACGAGCACCAGCACUGGUUUGUCUAAAGGCGUGUCAGCUCAGUGUCUGUUUGACCUGCUGGUCUCUCUGGAGGGGGAAACCCAGGACGGUCUGGACGCUCUGGAGCUGGUCAAGGCUGAAAAACCUCUUCGUUCUCUUGAUUUUUGUUAUGGCAAUGAAGACUUGGCCUUUUCCAUCAGCGAGGCCAUCAAGUUGUGUGUAACGGUGUUCGCCUACGCUCCUGAAUCCUUCAGGAGUCUCCAGAUGCUGAAUGUGCUGGAAGCGUUGGUUCCCUGCCACCUCCAAAAGCUCAAGAGUAACACAGUUACGAUGGAGUCUGCGUCCGCCGCCAGGGACGAGAUUGCCGCCAUCGCCGCCCUGGCCACGUCUCUGCAAGCUCUGCUCUACAGCUCUGAGACCUUGACAAGACCCAUGACAGCACCGCAGCUGUCCCGCUGCGAUCAGGGCCACAAGGGUGGCACUACAGCCAACCAUGCCAUGUCUGGAGGCGCCAACACAAGGGACAAUAUGCACCUGCUGGAGGAGGGCCAGGGCAAGAUGCGGGAGGAGAUGGACGAGCGAAUCGCCAGAGAGGAGUUCCGCCGACCACGGGAGUCCCUGUUGAACAUCUGCACGGAGUUUUACAAACACUGCGGACCCCGACUCAAAAUCCUGCAGAACGUCGCCGGGGAGCCUCGGGUCACGGCCCUUGAGCUUCUGGACAUCAAAUCCCACAUGAGGUUAGCAGAAAUUGCCCACGCCCUCCUCAAGCUGGCACCUUACGACACCCUGACCAUGGAGAGCCGAGGCCUGCGGCGCUACAUCAUGGAGAUGCUCCCCAUCACCGACUGGUCAUCCGAGGCCGUCCGGCCCGCCCUCAUCCUCAUCCUCAAGAGGCUGGACCGAAUGUUCAACAAGAUCCACAAAAUGCCCACGCUCAGGUGCGCUCGCCCACAGGCUCUGUGCAGCAGGAGACAGGUGGAGUGGGAGGCUGCUAGCAACCUGAUYGAGGGAAUCUGCCUGACUCUGCAGCGCCAACCAAUCAUCUCCUUCCUCCCACACCUCCGCUCGCUGAUCAACGUCUGCGUCAACCUGGUGAUGGGCGUGGUUGGUCCCUCCAGCGUGGCCGACGGGCUGCCUCUUCUCCACCUCAGUCCCUACCUGUCUCCUCCACUUCCUUUCAGCACGGCUGUAGUUCGGCUGGUCGCUCUGCAGAUCCAGGCCUUGAAGGAAGAUUUUCCUCUCAGUCAUGUGAUCUCACCUUUCACCAAUCAGGAGAGGCGAGAAGGGAUGCUGCUUAACCUGCUUAUUCCCUUUGUCCUUACUGUGGGCUCUGGAAGCAAAGAUAGCCCCCACCUGGAGCAGCCAGAGAUCUUCCUCCUGCUGCAGACCGUCAUCAACAUCCUGCUGCCUCCUCGGAUCAUCUCCACCUCCCGCACCAAGAACUUCAUGCUGGAUGCGUCUCCGGCUCAUUGCUCCACGCCCGGCGAUGCRGGGAAGGAUCUACGCAGGGAAGGACUGGCAGAGUCCACCAGCCAGGCUGCUUAUCUCGCUCUGAAGGUGGUGUUGGUUUGCUUCGAGCGCUCGCUGGGGAACCAGUGGUACCGUCUGAGCCUACAGGUCAAAGAGAUGGCUCUGAGGAAAGUGGGCGGCUUGGCUUUCUGGGACUUCAUUGACUUCAUCGUGAGAACCCGUAUCCCGAUUUUUGUUCUCCUGAGACCCUUCAUACAAUGCAAGUUAUUGACCCAGCCAGCAGAAUCCCAGGAGGAGAUCACAGCACGCCACCACAUCGCUGACCAGCUGGAGCGACGCUUCAUCCCUAGACCUCUAUGCAAGAGCUCGCUGUUUGCUGAGUUCAACAAUGAACUGAAGAUCCUCAAGGAGGCGGUUCACAGCGGCUCUGCCUACCAAGGAAAGACGUCUAUCAGCACCGUUGGCACCUCUACGUCAGCCUAUCGCCUCAGUUUGGCCACCAUGUCGCGAUCCAACACGGGCACCGGCACCGUUUGGGAGCAGGACAGCCAGCCGUCACGCCAACCUUCACAGGACACGCUCAGCCGCACAGACGAGGACGAUGAAGAGAAUGACUCCAUAAGUAUCCCCAGCGUUGUUAGCGAGCACGAGGCUUUCCUGCCAAGAGUGAUGUCACAGCGGCGCUUCUCCAGCCACGCCACCGGCUCAGCAGCCUUGCAGUCCGAGGCCACCCGCACCACCAUGCUGCCCAGCCAGAGCGAACCCAAUGUGCUAGAUGAGUCCCAGGGCCUUCUGCAGGAGGGUAACCUCUCUAGGGUUGCCAGCGUGCAGAGUGAGCCGGGCCAGCAGAACCUUCUGAUCCAGCCUCCACUGGGACGGAAACGAGGACUCAGACAGCUGCGACGCCCUCUGCUGUCCAUCCCGAAGACUGAACCACGAGGCCGGUCUGGAGCCAGGCUCUCCACGACACGCAGGAGCAUCCAGCCCAAGAAUAAACCACUGGAAACUUUAUUGGACUGUGAAGCGCAGGGAGACCAGAAGAGAUCCGUCACCUUCACAGAGAGCCAGGGCCAGCAGGCGGCUCCCGGCGCAGCAGAGCCUCCAGAUGAAAGCAGAAAGGUCAGUCCCGCUCCGUCGAAGUCGCCAACGCUGAAGGUGUCCCCGGUCGUCCCAGCGACAGUCACCGCUGACCUGCACACACAGGUUCCUUCAGCUAAAAGCAGCAAGGAGAAGAGGGAGCAGUGGGGGCUUCGCAGCAGCCUUUCUCCUCCCCCUUCUGCCUCCCGCCCCUCCACCCCAUCCCCCCCGUCCCGAACCUGCUCCCCUCUCCCUCUGUCCCGCACCUCCUCCCCGGCUCCUCCCCCUCUCCCGGUGCUGAGCACGGCGCCUGCCUCGGGGCCCCCUCUGCCGCCGCCGGCCCCUCUCCUCCCGCCUCCACCGCCCCCACCGGCGUCCAGCAUCAGGGAGAGCCCCUUAGACGAGGACACGACCGCGCUGCUGCCGCCCAGCGACGCCCGGCUGCGGCUCGGCGAGGACGGCGGCACCGAGAACCCGCUCCUCGCCCCGCUGCUGUCUACCCCGUCUCCUCGUCGCUCCCCUCUGCCCCUGUCCCCCGUCGACCUGGACCUGGACGAGUCCCACGUCUGAGACUGGAAGAAAGAAAACGGGAGAGUUUGAAAGAAUGACAUGAUUCCUUUGCUUUUUGUUUUUAUUGUUUAUUUAACAGCUUAACCAAACGUCUUUCUUUUACUUUAAAUGUUGUUUUUUUUAAUUCAGCUUUUUCUGAAUGUAAAAUUAUCACUGCAGUGAAUCUACGUUUUUCACUCAACUUUAAACCAUUUCAGGCUGAAAUCAAAGAUUUAUUUUACAGUUAUUCAUAGUAAAUAUUUAUUAGAAAAUUUAACUUUUAUCACCUCUGAGAAAUUUAAAUAUAAAAGAUGUUUAGGUAGAUAAAAAAAUGCUAUUAUUGUGUAUAAUGGAGCCAUUCUGAAGCUAAAGGUGACUUCAUUUAGAAUCAUUUUAUUAUAUGAAAUCCAGAGUUGUGUGUUCAUGAGUGUAUUUAUGUGUGUGUGUGGAUUUUUACUGGAGCACAGUGUUUUAAGCCAUGAUGAUAAUACAGCUAAAAUCUCCCUGUUUUAAUAGAWAAGCAAUAUUAAAUCAUGAGUGCCCCUUCAAAACUACUUAUCUUUUUAUUUUUAGGUUUUACUUUUUUGGACAUGUUCCUGAAGGAAAAACUUGUGAUAAAGGGGAAAAAAAGGACUUCAGAACCUUUUAGUUUAGCUUUUUUGAAUAUCUGAUUCCAGUGUUUCUUGUGCUGCAAAGUGUUUUCAUCCGAUUCUGUUUGUGACCAAAGACUGUAGCUUGUAUCUCAGCGAUUUCUGCAGUGAAUCAUAUUUCAAAAAUAAGAGAAAAAAGUUGAGCUUUUAUUAAGAAACGUGUCUUGUCGUUGUGUCUGUGAUGCUGUCUUUAUUUCUUGUAACCUAACUGUGAUGAAACAUAGAUAACCUUGUAGCUCGUUUCAAGUUGUAACGAGGAAACGUGUCGUUAUCCAAGGGAAAAAAGUGUGUAUGAGAUUUAAAAAAAAAAACACAGACCUCAUAAUCAAAUCCUUUAGUCUGGGUGCCAUAAUCCCCACCAAUGCACUGUGAGUGUUUGUCUCUCGCUGCUUUUUCUGGUUUUCUUUAUGACUUAGUUAUAUAAAAAUAUAUAUUUAUGCACAAGAAUAUACAGAGUAUGAAAAUAUUUAAAAUUUACAUUUAUAUUGAAGUAAUAUCUGGCUAUUUUAUUUAAUUUACCACCCAAAAUGUUAGAGAUUCUCUGUUGUUACACUUUGUGCCACCAGGGGGCAGUAUAUGUGCGCAAAACUUUGUUUUCUUCAGUGUUGUCUUUUUGUCUAACUUAUAAUAAAUCUACAGUAUAUGAAAUAAUUUCUGCAAUAUCUAAAUAAAUAAAUAUUAUUUACAGAA